CAAAGGCGUCGAGUAUCUCCUUACACUAUCUGCUUAGGAUGAUCCACUCACCUCUAACACUUGCGGGACGGAAUGCAAUUGGCCGAAGGUUCAUCUCGCUACGAACACUAAGCACUUCGGCACUCGGCGUACCAGGAGCAUGGAGCGAGACACGAUAUGGACGGAUUUCAACAGCUGGAGAUCGCUUCCUACGGCAACACGCCAAAACUCCAGCCUUGUCCAAUUCACGGGGUUUCGGCUGCUCCGUGCCAAGGAUGCAGGAUCAAGUUUCCGAUCGGGACAGCGCUGGCACGUACAGUGAGGCAGAUCACGAACAUGCCGUCAUCUCUACAUUCGACCUUUUCUCGAUCGGCAUUGGCCCGUCAUCUUCCCACACAGUCGGACCUAUGCGCGCCGGAGCUAUCUUUGUCGACGAUCUCGUCGAGGCCGGUCUUCUGCACAAGGUCUACAGGAUACGCGUGUCUCUCUAUGGCAGCUUAGCUUUGACCGGUGAGGGACAUAUGACACCGUCCGCCUUACUCCUCGGUCUUGAAAGUGCCGAUGUCGAAACGGUUGAUACUUCGUAUGUCCCCAAACGCUUUGAGGAGAUAAAGUCUUCCAAAAAGCUGUUUCUAGGCCACGGCCUUCCGGGAAACAAGGGCAAAGAAGUCCCCUUCGACUAUGAAAGAGACUUUGUGUGGAAGUGGGGGCAGAAGCUGCCCCUCCACAGCAAUGGUAUGCGUUUAACCGUGUAUGAUACCGAAGGGGACAUCUUGGCGACAAACGAUAUGUUCAGCGUUGGCGGAGGAUUUGUUGUUAACGGAGCGCUUUCAAUUAGUCCCGCUUCUUCCCCAGACACGAACCACCAUUCAGAGCUUGCUUUAGCCGAGACUGGAGAUUCAGGUCACCACCCAGCUGAUUUCGCGGAGAACAUAUACUACAAGGAGACUCACCGCGCAAACGCUGCCGGAGACCGGAGAACUGGUCCCGGGCUCAAAAGUCUUAAUACCACCACUGAACAAACAGAUAGUCUAGUCGAAGACACUGGCGGAUCUUCUUCGGGCACCAUGUCACCCGUGGUCAGUGGCAUGGCAGAUACAAAUGUCAUAUCCGACCGGGUCACCAAGCCUCACCAGCCUCCUUACCCUUUCAGCGAUGCUGCUAGCCUCUUAUACCUAUGCCAUAAACACCAAUUAACCAUUGCUCAGCUUGUAUUUGAGAAUGAAAAGAGUUUUGGAUACUCGGAUGAUGAUGUCUACCAGAAAUUGUUUCGGCUUUGGCAUGUCAUGGAUAAAAGCAUUCUCGAAGGUGUCCAAGCGCCGCGAGAUUCAACUCUUCCAGGCUCACUGAAACUGCAUCGGCGAGCGCCAGCACUCUAUAGCCGCCUCACGAGAGGUCUAUACCCUUCAAAGCAAGAUAAAGUUGACGACCUGAAGAGCCUGGCACAGCCGUCAUCAGAAACGUCCGAAACGCCAUUGGUCAGCAUACCAGACAAAGCAAUAACUCAAGAGCAGGGCAGCUUCCGGCGGCGACAACCUCAGACCGUACACGGUUCUUUCGAUCACCCAGUUGCCCCAUCUCCUUCCCGUCGCACCACCUUGGCUGCUAUGGACUACCUGACUGUCUACGCCAUUGCUGUCAACGAGACAAAUGCGGCCGGCGGUAGAAUCGUAACGGCUCCGACCAAUGGCGCGGCUGGCAUCAUCCCUGCUGUAUUGAAGUAUGUAAUUGAGUUUGUUAGCGAUGAUCCGGAGCGUGAUGUUGCGACCUUUCUGUUGACUGCUGCUGCGAUUGGCAUGCUUUACAAACGUGGUGCUACCAUCUCCGCCGCUGAGGGAGGGUGCAUGGCCGAAGUUGGUGUCGCUUGUUCGAUGGCCGCCGGAGCGUUUGCGGCCUGCAUGGGUGCUAGGCCGGAAACCAUCGAACAGGCUGCUGAGAUUGGCAUUGAGCAUAACCUUGGCCUGACCUGUGAUCCUAUUGGCGGUCUGGUCCAGGCUCCUUGCAUAGAGCGAAAUGCUCUGGGUGCGAUCAAGGCGAUUUCGAGCGCCAAUCUUGCUCUUAGCGGCGACAGUGGCACGCAAAAGGUCAGACUUGAUGACGCCAUUCGCGCCAUGCGUCUGACUGCCAAGGGGAUGAGAGACGAAUUCAAGGAAACUAGUCUCAGUGGUUUGGCAACGAGUGUUCCACUCAAGAUUCCCGUCAGCGUUCCAGAAUGCUGA